AAACUAAAAAAUCAAACACACGGCGUGAAAGUGUUAACAAAAACAAAGCGUAUCGAAACGGGGUUGCCGGCUGUGUAACAUCAUCACUUCCCAGUUUUCGAUCUUGUCCCUCAAUACUGAGAUUUAGGGUUUACCCAUCUUCAUCAACACUCUCUUUUCUACUGAUUUUUCUCUCUCACGCAUCUCUCAAUUCAUCACCAGAUUCUGCAUCGCGGUUUUAGAAUAAUGGCGGAAGAUCUGGUGCUGGAUACUGCAAUCAGAGAUUGGGUGUUGAUCCCUUUAUCUGUUGUUAUGGUUCUAAUUGGUGUGCUCCGCCAUAUUGUUUCCAAGCUUAUGCGUUCUACUCAAACUCCUGAUGCCAAAAUUGUCAGAGAAGGGCAAGUCAUGCUUAGAGCUCGGAAUUUAAGGAUGGCGGCAAAUUUUAUCCCUUCCAAGGCUUUUCGUGCCCGCAAGCUUUAUUUUUGUAAUGAGGAAAAUGGUCUGUUGUUUGUUCCAAAGGGCCAAGCUCAGAAUCCACAAGCACAGAUGUUCUCUGAUCCGAACAUGGCCAUGGAUAUGAUGAAGAAAAACCUUUCAAUGAUCAUACCGCAGACUCUUACUUUUGCUUGGGUGAACUUUUUCUUUUCUGGAUUUGUAGCAGCCAAAAUACCCUUUCCAUUAACUCAGAGAUUUAGGUCAAUGUUACAGAAUGGAAUAGACCUCAGCACAGUGGAUGUUAGCUACGUCAGCAGUCGCUCUUGGUACUUCCUCAAUCUGUUUGGCUUAAGAGGAUUGUUUAGUCUUAUCUUGGGGGAAGAAAAUGCUGUAGAUGAUACACAAAGAAUGAUGCAAAUGGGUGGUGGAUUCGGAUUUGAUCCUUCAAAGGGUCUGAGUGUUGAGAAAGACAAUCUUGACAUAACUCAGCAUGACUGGGCCUUGCCAAAUUUCGAGCAUCGUGCUGAAUCUGUGUUGAAGAAAGUCAUCAGCUGAACAAUGCCUCUAUGACAUAGGAAGUUUAAUUGCUUACCUUAGCGGAAACACUUGUAUUCUAUUGUUGUGGUUGGAUUUUUGUCAUCCACAGAGAAAGAUAUUAAAGAUCUUGUUGAGACAAUGAUUGUGAUGUUGAAACAAAAUGUUAUAUAUUUUCUAUCAGAAAAAGUUGUUACGAUUUUGUUCAAA